AUAUAAAACAAAAAGUAUGCUAUUUUUCAAAAUAUUAUUUUUGUAAUGGUACAAAUUACCAUAAGUAAAUUUAUCAUAAUGAAUUGAAAAGAAGCAAAAUAGCCGAUUGGGAUUUGUGAAGGAAUGGCUAACAGACUUGGCUCGGAGCUCUUCAUCAGCAGACUAUCAUCAUACACAACUCUAGAACGACUUAAGAAUCUGUUUUCACCCUUCGGUUCAAUCUCUGAAGCUCGGCUAAUUCGUGAUCCGAAAACCGAGAGGCCCAAAGGGUUUGGUUUUGUCACAUUUCAAUCCCCAGCUGAGGCAAAGAAGGCUCUUAAAGCCAUGGAUGGCAGGAUUGUUGAUGGAAGAUUGAUUUUCGUUGAGUUUGCAAAGACUGAGAAACAUGGGGUAGAUCCUACAUCUAGUUAAAGAACAUCAUUCACGAGAAGACAUGGGGGUUUGGAUCUUUGUGUCAGCUUCGGAGUUUAAUCCAUAUGUGAUGUCAGUAUUAACAACUCUAAUGUUCUAAUCUCUUUUAGUAUAAACAUAUGUGAUACUGAUAAUUAACUGUUGCCUUUGAAUUUAAAUCUUUAAUCUUUAAAACGCUAAA